UUGUCCUUCUUGGAUGCUUCCUUUUCUUCUGUCAUCACACCAAAGAUGAUUGCUGACUCUCUAUGUGAAAGGAAAACCAUCUCUUUUCAGGGCUGCAUGGUGCAGAUCUUUGUUGUACACUUCCUUGCUGGUGCCGAGGUGAUUGUCCUCACAGCCAUGGCCUAUGCCCGCUAUGUGGCCAUCUGCAAGCCCUUGCACUAUGUUUCCAUCAUGAACAGGAAGCUCUGUCAUGUUCUGGUUGGCAUAGCCUUUACAGGAGGGUUCCUGCACUCCAUUAUCCAAAUUCUCUUCACUUUUCGCCUUCCCUUUUGUGGCCCCAAUGUCAUUGAACAUUUCAUGUGCGACCUGUACCCAUUACUGAAGCUUGCAUGCACUGACACACACAUCUUUGGCAUUUUGGUGAUUGCCAACAGCGGGUCCUUCUGCAUUAUAAUAGUCUCCUUGUUGCUUGUGUCCUACGGUAUCAUCUUAUUCUCUCUGAGGAAGCAAAGCUCUGAAGGACGUAGAAAGGCUCUGUCCACCUGUGGGUCCCAAAUUGCUGUUGUGGUUUUAUUCUUCAUACCUUGCAUGUUUAUAUAUGCAAGACCUCCAACUUCCUUCUCCGUUGAAAAAAUGGUUUGCAUAUUUUACACCAUGAUAACUCCAUUGCUUAACCCUUUGAUUUAUACGUUUAGAAAUAAGGAUAUGAAAACUGCUAUCAAAAAACUCCAGAAGAGAUUGGUAGCCAUUUCCCAUGAACAAUGA